GGAAUGUUUCAAAAGCCUUUCGCCACAUUUUACUGGUGGGAAAACCGAGACUCAUAGUAAUUUAUCCAGGGUCACCCAGCUGGUCAGCUGCUAGACCCAAUUUGAUCUCUGACGGUGAAGUUAGACUUCGUUGCUUUACAGGAUUCUGGGACAGGGCCCUUUCCCCUUACAAGUAAAUUCUUUGGUAUUUUAGAAGACAGUGAAUAACUGAUACUAUGCAUAUAACAAUCGGCAAAGCUCUCGUCCUCAAAAUACAGAAGCCUCUAGUUAAAGGCAGGACAUGUGGCAGUAAAGUAUCGAAAACAAACAACAGAGCAAUAUAUUAAGAACACAAGCACCGAAGUCAGUCAAAACUAGGUUUUAAUCCAUGUUUAGCCACUUAUCAGCUGGGAGACUUUGGGUGGGUUACCUUACGUCUGAGCUUUAGUUUACUUAUUUACAAAAUGAGGGUGCAAUACUGCACACGUCCCAAGAUUCAUAAUGUACAUAAAGCAUUUAGCGCAGUAUCUGACACAAUAAGCACCCAUGAGACUAUCCUAAUAAAUAUCACCACUAGUAAUGGUCAUGUAUAAUGACUAUUUCAUUUACAGAUGACCAUUUAACUCAUACUUCAGUCUUCCAAUCCCAAAUGUAUUAUCUAGAAAAUUGUGGGUGAAGAGGAUCAUUGAGUAUGGCUAAUGGAUCACUAAGCCCUCUGAACUGGGAGCAGGAUCUUAUGGAGGCCAUUUGGAUUCUCAGGAAGACUUCUGAAACUGGAAAGCCAUAGCAUAACUGAAUCAAAAUCGUUGAUUCCAGUAGCUUGGACAUCCCUGACACAGAUGCUUUUGGAAGCACCUGGUAUUUUCUUAUUGGGUCAAAGAAAAAGAUUCUCAACCAUGCCAGAAAUAGAAACACAUGAGAGAGAGACUGAAUUGUUUUCACCACCUUCUGAUGUCCGAGGCAUGACAAAACUUGAUAGAACGGCUUUUAAAAAGACAGUCAACAUUCCAGUGCUUAAAGUGAGGAAAGAAAUAGUCAGUAAAUUGAUGCGAUCCCUAAAAAGGGCAGCAUUGCAGCGCCCAGGCAUAAGACGUGUGAUUGAAGAUCCGGAAGAUAAAGAAAGUAGACUAAUCAUGUUGGAUCCCUAUAAAAUAUUUACUCAUGAUUCCUUUGAGAAAGCAGAACUCAGUGUUUUAGAGCGGCUUAAUGUCAGUCCACAGAUCUCUAAAUACAAUUUGGAACUAACAUAUGAAAACUUUAAGUCAGAAGAAAUCUUGAGAGCUGUGCUUCCUGAAGGUCAAGAUGUAACUUCAGGGUUUAGCAGGAUUGGACAUAUUGCACACCUAAACCUUCGAGAUCAUCAGCUGCCUUUCAAACAUUUAAUUGGCCAGGUUAUGAUUGACAAAAAUCCAGGAAUCACCUCAGCAGUAAAUAAAAUAAAUAAUAUUGACAAUAUGUACCGAAAUUUCCAAAUGGAAGUGCUAUCUGGAGAGCAGAACAUGAUGACAAAGGUUCGAGAAAACAACUACACCUAUGAAUUUGAUUUUUCAAAAGUCUAUUGGAAUCCUCGUCUGUCUACAGAACACAGCCGUAUCACAGAACUUCUCAAACCUGGGGAUGUCCUAUUUGAUGUUUUUGCUGGGGUUGGGCCCUUUGCCAUUCCAGUAGCAAAGAAAAACUGCACUGUAUUUGCCAAUGAUCUCAAUCCUGAAUCUCAUAAAUGGCUGUUGUAUAACUGUAAAUUAAAUAAAGUGGACCAAAAGGUGAAAGUCUUCAACUUGGAUGGGAAAGACUUCCUCCAAGGACCAGUCAAAGAAGAGUUAAUGCAGCUGCUGGGUCUGUCAAAAGAAAGAAAACCCUCUGUGCACGUUGUCAUGAACUUGCCAGCAAAAGCUAUAGAGUUUCUUAGUGCUUUCAAGUGGCUUUUAGAUGGGCAGCCAUGCAGCAGUGAGUUCCUUCCCAUAGUGCAUUGUUAUAGCUUUUCCAAAGAUGCUAACCCUGCUGAGGAUGUUCGGCAAAGGGCUGGAGCUGUGUUAGGCAUUUCUCUGGAGGCAUGCAGUUCAGUUCACCUGGUAAGAAAUGUGGCCCCAAACAAGGAAAUGCUGUGCAUCACCUUUCAGAUUCCUGCCUCUGUACUCUACAAGAACCAGACCAGAAAUCCAGAGAAUCAUGAAGAUCCGCCUCUUAAAAGGCAGAGGACAGCUGAAGCCUUUUCAGACGAAAAAACACAAAUUGCUUCAAACACUUAAUUGGAAAUGUUUUCUCCAUCUCCCUACCAGACUUACAUGUAGUGAAAUAGAAUUUCUAUUAUUUAAUAAAAUUUUAGGGUUCGGUUUUUACUAUUGAA